AUGCACGUAGUAUCGCGCCCUUUCAUCCCCUCCUUGAGAAAGAAUUGUUCCGACGAUGCCGUAAUUGUGGUAGUGGCCGAGUCGGAGGCGACUCGAGGCCGCGUGCGAGAUGGGAUCGGGAGCCGCGAUGCAGCCGUGCGUGAAGGGCGGGAGAUGCGUGGGUACGAUGCUCCACCCACCGCCGCCACACCUGCUCUCACCGCCGCCACACCUGCUCUCACCGCCGUGCACCUGCGUUCACCGCUGCGCACCAGAGUAACAGAUGCGUCAUGCUGCUCCCCUGCUGCUCUGACCGCAUUCCCUUGUGUAUCAUCACAGCCAUACCAAUUGUCCGUCUCCAGCUUGCCAUACCCCAUGGCUCAUGUGGUAAGCGUGAGUGCUCUGCUGGUUCCUCUCGUCCUCGCUGCUCCCACUGCUUCUCUCAUCAACCCAUUCCAAAGCCAUUUACACCGCACCACCACUGGCAUCGUGGACCCGCCAGGUGUUACCGGGGGACUGCAGGCCGACCAUCCUCUCAUGCUGCCUGCAACUAAAUUCCACUCGUAUCUGCACUCCCUUGGUGUGAACGGCUCUGCUGUGUGCCGUGAUGCCACCCGCCUUCCUCAGCUUCAGCCCCCCGGAAUGCCUUUUUCCUCCCAACAUGCCGACACCCUCACCACGCCCUUCCACCUCCUUAGCACUCUGUGGGAGAAGUAUGCUGAUGGUUACUUCAGUGACGGGUUCUAUGAGAUGAACUUGGUCGCGAUGAAGGGCAUAGAUGAGUUCUAUGAGGACCGAGAGUAUCCUGAGCUGGGAGAAUUGGAGGAGUUAUCGAAUGAGGCUGAUAAGAGCGAGGACACGGAUGAUACGGGAGCAAGUGUGGAGGCAGCAGAGAAGCAGGAAGAGGAGAUAGUCACCAUGGAGGCAGCAGCAGUGAAUGGUGGAGAUGGAGAUGGUGUCAACACUUUUGCAGCAGCGAUCGUGGUUGAAGAUGAAGCAGUAAAUGCGAAGUGUGUGGGAGUCGCUGUGAAAGGGGACAUCAUGGUGAAAGGAUCAAAGGCGAAUGCAACUGCAAAGGGGCGAGUGCUUUCAAAGGAGGAACACGUUGAGGGGUAUGAGACUCGAGAGGUGUUGAGUGUUGAGAUGCCGAGGAGAAGCGAGAGGCUCAAGAAAAUGUUUCAUGGAUUGGAUGUCAAGGCGCUCAACUUCAAGACACGUAAGGAGAGGUUCAAGGUGCAGGAGCUGCAGGGGAGUGUGAAGGCGACUUAG